GCGGCUGCCCGGCGCGCAGCUCCCCAGCCCCCUCCUCCUCGGAUGUGGCUGGAGCUUGAGGCGCGCAGGGCCGGAGACGCCGCAGACCCGGGACCCGGAGCAGCUCGGAGGCGGUGAAUAAUAGCUCUUCAAGUCUGCAAUAAAAAAUGGCCUCCAAUAAAACUACAUUGCAAAAAAUGGGAAAGAAACAAAAUGGAAAGAGUAAAAAAGUAGAAGAGGCAGAGCCUGAAGAAUUUGUGGUGGAAAAAGUACUGGACCGACGUGUAGUGAAUGGGAAGGUGGAGUAUUUCCUGAAGUGGAAGGGAUUUACAGAUGCUGACAAUACUUGGGAACCUGAAGAAAAUUUAGAUUGUCCAGAGUUAAUUGAAGCAUUUCUUAAUUCUCAAAAAGCUGGUAAAGAAAAAGAUGGUACAAAAAGAAAAUCGUUAUCUGACAGUGAAUCUGAUGAUAGCAAAUCAAAGAAAAAAAGAGAUGCUGCUGAUAAACCAAGAGGCUUUGCCAGAGGUCUUGAUCCUGAACGAAUAAUUGGUGCCACGGACAGCAGUGGAGAAUUAAUGUUUCUCAUGAAGUGGAAAGAUUCAGAUGAGGCAGACUUGGUGCUGGCAAAAGAGGCAAAUAUGAAGUGUCCUCAGAUUGUAAUUGCUUUUUAUGAAGAGAGACUAACUUGGCAUUCUUGUCCAGAAGAUGAAGCUCAAUAAUUGUUUGCAUUGUUUUUUAUAUAUAUUUAUAUAUAUAUAUAAAAUCCGGGUCUUUGUUUUUUGAUUUAUUAGUGUGAAGAAAUAACAUUCUAAUGAAAAUCAAGUUCGAUAUGUUUGUUUUGAAGUAGUAUUGGGGGAGUUGUUGGGGUUUUUUUGCAUCUAUAGCACUGGUUACUUUGAACAAAUAAAAGCUUUCUGUAGUUGCUUCCUUUAUCAGAAAAAAAGUAUUUGAGACCAUGGUAUAUUAUCCCCCUGCAUUAGAGAACACCUUUUCUAAAUGUUGGGGGAAAUCUUCAUAGUCGUUACUCAGUCAGAAUUUGUGUUUAACUCCUAUAUGCCUAAGGACCAUUCUGGAUUUUUUAUUUAGGGGGUUUUUGUGUGUAUACUUAAAAUACAUACAUAAAUGGUUUUUGUUUUUUAACAUUCACCAAAACAAAAACAGCAUUUAUAACCAUGGAUAAGCCCGUGUUUCCGGGAUGCUAUCAUUUUCAGCAACUUAAGAAAUAAAUCACUUAAAGUUAAACUGAAGUUUUUCCUGAAGCCUUAACCUUUCAGAUUUUUAAAUUGGACAAUUUAAAAGCAGCCAUAUCAGAAUCCGUAUUCAUAUCUACAGUCAUAAAUGCAAGUUCAUUUGCAAGAUCCCUGAAAGGAAAAUUUUAUCACCACCAACAACCUCCCCACCCAAAUGACAAAACUAGACAAGUCCUGGUGUGUUUUAAUUAGGUAAGCAAAACUUAGUUAAAUGGACAUUUAAAGGUUCCUUCUAGUGAACCAUUCCUUUUCAAGAAGUUGAAAUCUCUGUGCUGUAUUGACUAAAAGGUCAUGAUUCAUGGAAUGUCUAAGACUUUGUUCAUGGAAACCUAAUCAUAAUCAGAUGGUUAGAGAUGUUGGCAAUUUAGCACCUGUUGGAAUAAAUGGGUGAACAGACUUGUAUAAUCCAAAUUCUUAACCUGCAUGUAUUUUCUUUACCCCAACUCGUUCCUGACAUGUAGGCUCAGUCUUCUCAGUAUUUGAGUUACUGGUUCAGCAGAAACCAGGAAAAACAGUAACUUUGUAGUCAGAAUGUUAUCCAACUGUAUAUUGUUUACUUUAUUGUAAAUACUGGUAAACAGUGGUCAAUAAAUAGUUUUAUAUUCCUUUA